AUGAUAAUCAUACAGAAUAUUCUAAAUUUCAUAGAAUUGACACUUGUCUUAUUUAAUUAUAUAUAUUUUUAUUUGAUGUUAAAUGUAUCCUCAAGUGUUAAAAAUACGAUGGAAGAGUUUUAUUAAAUCUAAAAUGGUACAAUACUUUAAGAAUUAACAAAAUAGAAGUAUCAAAAUUGUUAAUAAUUGUUUAUUAAUUUAGUCUUAACAAUUAUGAUCUUUAUAACGUAUGCUGCCCAUUAUUAAUUUGAUUAACAAUUGAGUUAAAAUUAUCUUUAGUUAGAAUAGUAGGUAAUUACUUUAAUAUCUCAACCUUUAUAGAAUAUGGAGAUAUUUAGGAAAUACUUUGGAGUUUUAAUUACUUCAAAUUUUUCUAACCACAUAUUAUCAAUAUGUGAAGUUGAUUAGACAUCAAAAAAUUAAAACUCAAAGGAGUAUAUCAAAUAUUUUAUGAACCUUGUUUAAUAUAGAAUUAACCAUAAUUGUAAACUCAAAUUGAAGAAAAAUUGUUUAAGUAAAAAAAAUCAGAUAGUGAAAUAUGAUUAGGAAAUUAGAUUACAUGGGAGAGUUUUAAUGCAAUAAGUAUUAAAGAUUUAUUGA